CGGGCACCGACCCGGCGAUGUCGGGCACCGACCCGGGCGAGCCGGAGAAGCCUCCCUACACCUACGUGGCGCUGAUCACCAUGGCCAUCCGCGCCAGCCCCGAGCAGCGGCUCCCGCUGAGCGGCAUCUACGCCUUCAUCGCCGAGCACUUCCCCUACUACCGCGGCUGCUCCCCGGGCUGGCAGAACAGCAUCCGCCACAACCUCAGCCUCAACUCCUGCUUCCGACGCCUGCCCCGCCGCGGCAGCCGCGGCGGCGACUGGGUGCUGGAUCCCGCUUUCCACGACAUGUUCCCGGAGGGCGAUUAUCGCGGGCGCCGCCGCCGCUUCCGCCGCCCACCCCCCGUCGCGGUGUCCCCGGUCCCCGCAGGCUGCUCGCACGGGCCCUGGGCAGCGCUGGCGCUGCCCUGCGGGUGCCUCUGCCCGGAGCUGCCCGGCUGGGCCCCCGCCGGGCUCCUGGGGCCGCCGCAGGGCUUCCCCGCCUGGCCGCUGGAUGCGGGGAUGCCCCGCGAACUGGGCGCCAGGAUGUCGCCCUCCUUCAAGUGA